AUGCAGUUCUUCACCCAGAUCCUUCUCCUGGCCUGCGCCACCACCGGCCUGGCCAGCGUCGCUCAGAGUCCCAACGGCAUGCUCAACGUCAUCGAGACCCGCCAGAUGCAGUGCAUCAAGAGCAACUGCGGCGGUGUCGGCGCGGCUUGCGCUGGUGCCUGGUGCUGCGUUCGUUACAACAGCGAUGGCUGCAAGUGCAUUGCUCCCGGCGACAUCUCCGAGAAUGGAGAAUCUUGCCCCAAGGCAUAG